CAAAACCAAAACAUAACCUCCAAAAACUCUGCACAAAGCAAAAGGCAGUGAUUUUAGUAAAAAUUGGUCCGCCUAAAAAAAAUUGCGGAUUUUUGGUGAAAAUAGUUGAUAUUUUGUUAAAAAUAGUUUGAUUAAGGGGUGUUUACUUGAACCGCUUUCAAACCCACACACAAACCAAGUCACGAUGGCCGCCGAGCUGGACAAGAUCGAGGUGCGAGACAUUGCGCGCAUCGAGCGAAUCGGAGCGCACUCGCACAUCCGCGGCCUCGGGCUGGACGAUGUGCUGGAGGCACGGGCCGUGUCGCAGGGCAUGGUUGGCCAGAAGGAGGCUAGGCGCGCCGCCGGAAUCGUGGUGCAGAUGGUGCGGGAGGGCAAGAUUGCCGGGAGGUGUAUUCUGCUGGCUGGGGAGCCCAGUACGGGAAAGACGGCGAUUGCCGUGGGAAUGGCCCAGGCCCUCGGAAAUGAAACCCCUUUCACGAGCAUGUCCGGGUCGGAGAUUUACUCGCUGGAGAUGAACAAAACGGAGGCGUUGUCCCAGGCCCUCCGCAAGAGCAUCGGCGUUCGCAUCAAGGAAGAAACGGAAAUCAUCGAGGGAGAAGUGGUGGAGAUUCAGAUUGACCGUCCGGCGUCCGGAACCGGUCAGAAGAUGGGCAAGGUCACCAUCAAGACGACCGACAUGGAAACAAACUACGAUUUGGGCAACAAGAUCAUCGAAUGCUUCAUGAAGGAGAAGAUCCAAGCCGGAGACAUCAUCAUGAUUGACAAGGCCUCCGGAAAGGUCAGCAAACUGGGCAGAAGCUUCACCCGGGCACGUGACUACGAUGCCAGCGGUCCUCAGACCAGAUUCGUACAAUGCCCCGAGGGAGAGCUGCAAAAACGUAAGGAGGUUGUCCACACCGUAACUCUGCACGAAAUCGACGUCAUCAACAGCCGAACCCACGGCUUCCUAGCUCUGUUCGCCGGUGACACCGGUGAAAUCAAGCAGGAAAUCCGCGACCAGAUCAACAGCAAGGUCAUGGAGUGGCGCGAGGAAGGCAAGGCCGAAAUCAACCCCGGCGUACUCUUCAUCGACGAGGCGCACAUGCUGGACAUCGAGUGCUUCUCUUUCCUCAACCGCGCCCUCGAAAGCGACAUGGCCCCCGUCGUCAUCAUGGCCACCAACCGUGGCAUCACCAAAAUCCGAGGAACCACCUAUCGCAGCCCGCACGGCAUCCCGAUCGACCUGCUCGACCGCAUGAUCAUCAUCCGGACGGUUCCGUACUCGGCGAAAGAAAUCAAAGAAAUCCUCAAGAUCCGCUGCGAGGAAGAGGACUGUCAGAUCAACACCGAAGCGCUGAUGGUGCUCGGUCGUAUCGCCACCGAGACCAGCCUCCGUUACGCCAUCCAGUCCAUCACGACGGCCCACCUGGUGAGCAAGCGGCGCAAGGCGGCGGAAAUUACCGUCGAAGACAUCCGCAAGGUGUACUCGCUGUUCCUGGACGAGAAGCGCUCCAGCAAGAUUAUGAAGGACUUCCAGGACGAGUACCUGUUCUACGAUGACAGCUUGCCGCAGGCGGAGCAGCAGCAGCAACAGGCCAUGGAGAUGGAGACGAAUUGAGGAGAGGUGAGAUUUUGAAUUCCACACAUCUUAUAAUUACAAAACAAUACUUUUAAAGAUUCCUUUUGCGAGUGCUUAUCGUUGUACAAGAUCAAUAAACUUACACAGGUAUGAUA